GCGGCCUAAACUGGAUCAGUUUCGUAUUAACGGUCCGCCGUUCGCGCCAGCUUAUCGUCCCGCCGAAUUCUCUAUCGCGAUUUCCCUCGGUUCUCAUCCCCGAAAAACGUAUCUUCGAGUCGGCUUUUCCUGUCGGUUUUACGAGGAACGUCGAAAGUGUUUCGACGCGAGGAUUCCGAGCUCUUCUCAUCGUCCAUUCGAGCUUUUUUCAUACCGACACGAAGAUGCUCACAUUCGUCGGGCUGCUUUUAUCGGUGACGGCAACGACAGCAGCGCCGCUGGCAAGUGUGCACGUCAAAUUCGUCUCCCCGCCGCACGUUUACGAGCACGGACUCACGACGGAUGGAGGCGCCACCAUCUCGCAGCAAUCUUAUCUCUCCAUCGGACGACGGAUUCCGAGACAGUUCGGGCAGAAAAUCGGCAGAGUUGUAACGACGAAAAACGCCGAGGCACUCUGGCCGCUCGGACUCUUCGUCGGACCGAUCGACGUCAACGAUUUAGGAUUCAGCUCCGGGGACUCCCACGCCCGACACGUCACGCCGGACUUUUCCAACGGACUCGAAAUUCCAGAUCCCCUGUUGCUCAGAGGAGCCGCAGCGAUGAGAGCGAUAAACUUCCUUUACGGACGCGGCGAAUUGUUUUACGACGAUUUUCCCCACGUGCGAGCAGUCUUGAGAAAUCAAGAAGAACGAAGGAGAAAUGGCCUGGGCGGCAAUAUACUGGGGAGCCUCCGACCGGUCUCCCCUUUCUACAGAAAAACAAUGUUCUAACGCCUACGUCGGUGCGAGCACUAAAGAAAAUGCAAGCGAUUUAUCCCAGUGGGUUUAUUUUUUAUGACAAUCGUGCCAAAUACCUCGUUGAACGGGUAUUUUUGCAUUUCAAGCGUUCGUAUUUUGUAAAAACAAGUUUAACUGAAUAAAAAACGAAGAGGCUUCGAGCCAGGCCUACUUGUA